CACCAAUCAAAGGAAAGAUGUUGGCUCUGUCAUGUGAUCAGCUGUGUCCAAUCACAGCUGAUCACAUGGGAUAUCUACACUGAUAAUCAGGGCAUGUAAUGAUCAGUGUUCCCUGAUGAUAAAUGUAGCCCCAUCAGUGCCACCUGUCAGUGUCCAUAAGUGCCAGCUGUCAGUGCUCAUCAAUAUCACCUGCCAGUGCCCAUAUCUGAGCCACAUCAAUGCCACAUAUCAGUGCCCAUCUGAGCCACCUAUCUGUGCUGCCAGUCAGUGCCACCUAUCCAGUGCUAUAACUGCCAGUCAGUGCCGCCUAUCAGUGCCAGUCAGUGCCGCCUAUCAGUGCCAUAUAUGUGUACUGCCUUUCAGUGCCCAUCAGUGA